AUGCUCCUUCGGCAAGACUGUCCCCUCUGCCGCCUCGUCUGUCAUGCCAUCGUGGCCAAGCUUAGCACAGAGACAACGAUUUAUCAUAGCGGCAGCUUUGGAGAUGACGAGGAUGUUGACAGCGACGACGAUGAGUUAAUCGGCAGCAGCAGUAGUGGUGGCAACACCAGUUAUUCUUCCAAUGGCAACGGUCCUGACGGUGGUGGUUUCGGGGACUCCGACAGCCACGAUGAGUUGAUAAGCGCCGAUAGUAGUGAUGGCGAGGCCGAUCUCGACGACGACCAGUCACCCCGACGACGCCAGUUUGAUUACGACAGCGAUGACAGCAGCGGUUCCUAUGCCCUCAGUUCCGACCAUGAAGAUGAUGAGUCGAUCGGUACCACUAGUCGCGAUGACACCCCUGUCGACAUUUUCCAUGACGUCCCCUUCGACCCGCGUCUACGAAUCCACCGAGACCAGGCUGAAGAGGAGGUCAUCCUCAGCUAUGUCAGGGCAGAAUCCCUCACAAUGGGCAGCCCGAGAUCAAACACCAUGGUCCUGAUCAGCCACCUUAUGCAGGCCGGAAAGCUCCUCCUCAGGAUCCGAGUAUCGCUCAUGGGCCUGGACAUUACUAGGUGGAUUCACGCCCUGGCCCUGAGACCGGCCACCUUGUCCGGGAUGCCACUCAUGCUGCAUUCCGAUAUUCGCUCCGAAAGAGGGGGGUUUGAGAGUGGAUGAAAGGGUAUAUAUAUGACCGUGGGCUCCGCGAGCGGCGGGCUGAGCUGGGCGAUUUGCUGACUGACCUCGGUGUCUGGAACUUCAUGGCAGACGGG